GUACAAUUGAUAUUAGUGGGUAUGUGGUUGCGCCGUACCUUUUGUUGGAUAAUAAUAAGGGACUAAGUUAAAACAAUAAAUAAAUAAACACUUUUGUCUCGCCAGGCAGCAUUUGCCAAAGGGGGGUUUAUAAUACCACGACUUGAGUCACGUACGUCACGCGAGGGACGUUACUUUGCCGGCUUGUCUCCUUUAAAUACAGGAGCACACGUUGGAGAUUGAAAUGCCGGUAUCUUUCAGGGACUGGUAAUUUAUUAAUCGAUUAACAAGAGAUCUUCACACUGUUGCAAAAUGUUACAUAUGCGUUGUGAUUAGUAACUCUUGGUUUUACAAAAGCUUUUUCGAGACGAGUCUUAUAUAACUGUAACUUUUAACAGUUUCUUUAAAAAAACAAAACAAACAAAAAAAAAAGCAAUCAACGAUGCCCACGGAGUUUACACGAAAUCAAAUCCAAAAAAUCUGGAUUCCUUCAAGGGAUGAUAAAGCCGCUAUACCUCGCAGUCCUGAUGGCCCUCUCCUGACAAACUCACCCACUGUGAUAGUCAUGGUCGGGCUACCUGCUCGUGGAAAGACCUAUAUUGCAAAGAAACUGACACGCUACCUCAACUGGACUGGAGUCCCUACUAAAGUGUUCAAUGUCGGGGAAUAUCGUAGAGAAGCAGUCAACUAUAAUUCGUAUGACUUCUUCAGACCAGAUAAUCAAGAUGCAAUGAAAAUAAGAAAGCAAUGUGCCUUAGCUGCUUUGAGAGAUGUCAAAUCCUACCUUUCUGAGGAAGGUGGCCAGCUUGCUGUCUUUGAUGCUACCAACACAACAAGGGAGAGGAGAGACAUGAUCCUUAACUUUGGCAAAGACAAUGGAUUCAAGGUGUUUUUUAUUGAGUCUGUCUGUGAAGAUCCAAGUGUUGUUAAGACAAAUAUUAUGGAAGUCAAGGUGUCUUGUCCAGAUUACAAAGACUGCAACAGAACAGACGCCAUGGACGAUUUCCUCAAGAGAAUAGAAUGUUACAGGGCUUCAUACCAAGCUCUGGAACCAGAUCACUAUGACAAGGACCUUUCUUUCAUUAAAGUGAUCGAUGUUGGUCGCAGGUUUUUGGUGAACCGUAUCCAGGAUUAUAUCCAGAGUAAAAUUGUUUACUACUUGAUGAACAUGCAUGUCCAGCCUCGCACCAUCUAUCUGUGUCGCCAUGGGGAAAGUGAGCACAACCUCCGGGGCCAGCUUGGGGGGGACUCUGGGCUGUCUCCCAGGGGGAAGAAGUUUGCAAGGGCUUUGUCUGGAUACCUUGAGGAGCAGAACCAGAAGCAUCUCAAGGUGUGGACAAGCCAGCUAAAGAGGACCAUCGAAACUGCAGAGACGCUGGGCAUUCCUUAUGAACAAUGGAAAGCACUUAACGAGAUUGAUGCUGGGGUGUGCGAGGAAUUGAAUUAUGAAGAAGUUAAGGAGAUGUACCCCGAGGAAUUUGCUUUACGUGAUCAGGACAAAUACCAUUACCGCUAUCCAACUGGGGAGUCCUAUCAGGACCUGGUCCAGCGCUUGGAGCCGGUCAUCAUGGAGCUGGAGAGACAGGAGAAUGUUGUUGUUGUGUGUCACCAGGCUGUCAUGAGGUGUCUCCUGGCUUACUUCCUAGACAAGAGUGCAGAUGAGAUGCCCUACCUUAGGUGUCCUCUACAUACAGUACUGAAACUGAUUCCUGUUGCAUAUGGCUGCAAAGUUGAAUCCAUUUAUUUGAAUGUCAAAGCAGUAAACACCCACAGGGACAGACCGGAGGAUGUAAAAAAGGGACCUAGCACUUUAAUGAGGCGCAAUAGUGUUACCCCGCUGGCAAGCCCUGAGCCUACCAAAAAGCCAAAAAUGAACAUCCUAGAUGAACAUGUAGUAUCGACUUCAUCUGCUCUGCCUGUGCGCAUCGCCUCUGACAUCCCCACUUCUCUAACGGGACAAAACGUGAAAAGACCUUCAGACCUACCCGAGAUGACGCAGGCUUACCACUGAACCCCCUGCUUGUAAUUCCACCUUUGUUUUGGACAUUGCUUAGUGCUGUACCCUACGAGUGCACAGGACUUUUCUUUGUUGCAAUGUCUGAUCAUCAUCAUUGUAAAUAAGGAAAAUCUCAUUGUAGAGAUCUUUCUGGAUAUUUGUAAAUGGUGUAUGUAAUGGAAGUGAAUGAUACAUGGUAAACCAAGCUAAAAUGCAUGGUAGGCUGUUCAAAAAAUGCUAUUUAAGGCUAUUUCUCAUGACCCAAAAUGUCCAGUAUAUACAACCUUACGAAUAGAAGAAUGCUAACUUUGCUCUAGGCAAAUGAGUCCUUUUUAAAAUGUAAGCACAGUGCUUGAUGAAAAUUAGUAUUCUGAAAGCCUGUUAGAAGCUGGCUAUUUUAACAAUUGUUUUAAAAGGACCACCAUUGUGAAUAUGCCUCAUGUUUACGGCAAACCUAAACUCCACCCAAUCUAAACCUAAACUCUACCCAAUCUAAUUGAUUGCACUUUAAAAAUGAAAGCAGAUAUUUUUAAAAUUGCACCAUAUUGCCGAAGUCUUGGUGAAUCCAUACAAGAGUAUUUUCCAGUAAUGAUUUCUUUUCACCAUUCUAAAUGGUUCUGUACUUGAUGUGUCUGACUUCUAGGGUUCUGUUUUGUCAAUGCUUUAACUAGUGUGUUUUUAAUUAUACCAUUAAGAGACAUUUACAGUCAGAACCAGCACAAUACAUUUUAAAUACCUUGAACUCCACCACAGUUUCUUACCAGUUCUGUAACAAUGGGGUGCUAGAUUCCUUUUUGUGUGAGAUAAGAUUGUUCUAGCCAAUUGAGGCUAUCUCCGUACAAAUCUAUUUACGUAGACAACACAUUCACUUUGUCAAAAGACAGCUGUCACCUUUUACAGCAUAGAAUGUAAAGUUGUCUGGAUCCCAGUCAGUUUGGGAAUUGACUGGACUGACCCAGUAUCUCUUGAGGUUUUUGCAGGCUUUUGCUAUCUUUACACUCAUGUCAAUGGUUUGUUGUGUGGUGUGAUUUAUUUUAUUUUUUUUGUGUGGUACUAACCUGUCACUAAAAAAGGGCCUGCUUAUUGUAAAGGAUGACUCUAAUGGGUAAGUGCAAUUUUUAGUCAAUGUGUUCAUUUUAAUCUUUACUGUUUUUAGUUAUUUGGUUUUCUUCUCCCUAUUAAUUUGUAUUGUUUUUUGUGAACUAGGAGUUCUUUAAUUUGUUAUUUGUUAAAGAAGAGUUAUUCAAUGCAAGUCACCAAACUUUUGUCAGUAGGGCCCUUUGUGGUUUAAAGGGGCUGAAAAAUAAAUGUUUAAUUGGAAAUAUUUUUAUUGGAUUGUAUGAUGCUCUCAAUGUAUGAUUAGUCUAUUGUGAACAUGCAAAAUCUGGAUGAACAACCAGGAUCUUUUUAUCUUUUUGAAAUUACAGAAUUGAAUAUUACUUUGUCCUUUAGAGAUGCUGUAGAACCACAGUGCCUAUAGCUUCUGUUACAGUAAACAUUGCUUUGUAAAUGAAGUAGCACCAAUCAAGGGCUUCAGCCAGAACUUUAGCCCGUAUCUAAUUGUUGAAUAUUGUAAUUGGCAGUCUGCUGUUGUAAUGUAAUUGUCUGUUCUCCUAUAUAUUGUCUUCUGUUUCCUUUAUCUUUGAUACAGAACUGAAAAUAUCUGUAUUGUUUUUAAAUUGGCCUAAACACUUAAGUAUAUACUGUUAAAGUUGCAAAUACAUUUGCCUUUUUAAAGAGAUUGUCCCUUAAAAAGAGAAAUGGUGCAUGCCAGGUUUGAUUAAAUGACAGCAUAUUUUAUUUGACCAUUUUAAAAAUACUUUUUAAUUUUUUUUUUAAAUGACUAGUUUUAAAAAGUAUGUUUCUGUUUGGGACUAGGCAUUGUGAUUUCUAAUUAUUUGCAUUUAAAAAAAAAAAGUUUUAAUUGCAGAAGUGUAGAUUUAUCUUUGUUAAAGCUGUACUCAACAAGCUGAAAAGUCAUAGCUUACAGUGAAAUGAUAUAUUCACUAGGGACACUUCUGUGCCCAUUUGAUCUGUUUGGUUUGUCUCUAUUUGAAGUAAAUAUAUCAAUUUCCUUUGAAUUGAUAUUUAAAUUCCAAGCAAUUACUGGUGUCAAGAUAUGCUACCUCUAAAUAGCAAGGAAUAUAACAUUGUCUUGUCCUCAAGUUAUUGGACAAAAGUCUUUUUCCUGUGUCUGCUUGUGACAGACACAGAAUGAUUCUUAGUGAUAAAUCUCCCUCCUGACCUGUGGGGGUGAGGUGUAAAGGAAACAGAGUGCCCUGGACUGGAUGCCCAGACA